AUGAAACAUCUUCUUGCUUCUCUGUGUCUACUGGGACCUCUAUUACGUGCCUUGAUUCAAUGCACUGUCCAAGCCUCAGAGUUUAAACUGGAGGGAAAUUAUUUGAUAGGUGGACUUUUUGAUAUUCAUCAUGCCGCUGCUCCUGUUUAUCACGACAGACCAGAAGCCAUCGCCUGCUCAGGUAAACCCUUUAUUCUGUCAAGUUAUCGGCGGUUUCAGAUGAUGAGAUUCUCUGUAGAGGAAAUCAAUAACUCUACCAGCCUACUGCCAAAUGUAUCUCUUGGCUAUGAGAUAUUUGACCACUGCUCAGAAACAGAAAAUUUCCCAGGAAUUUUCAACCUCAUCUCGAUCAAUGGCUUGAUCCAACCUUGGCGGGAACCAGGCAAGAAUCUGUCCAAUGUAUCCAAAAUGAUAGCAGUGGUUGGUCCUUUCUCAAGCACUGACACCCUGACUGUUGCUCCACUAUUCAUGACAAAUCUUUUUCCUCUUGUCAGUUAUGGAGCUGCUAGCUCUGUCUUAUCAAGAAAACAGAAUUUUCCCUCUUUCCUACGAACAGUGCAUCCUAAUAAGGACGUCAUAGAAGUGAUUGUUAACAUCAUACUGCACUUCAACUGGCGCUGGGUUGCUUUUCUUAAUAGCAAUAAUGAUUUUGGCUCUGAUGGCCUGGAAUUGUUCACGGAGAGGAUUAAGGAUACUGAGAUCUGCCUGGCAUACACCAAAGGUCUCAACGACAAUACAAACUACUCCCAAGUGUUCAAACAGCUAGAGGCACAGAAGAUACAUACCAUUAUUGUUUUUGCUCCUGAAUUGACUGCUGAAGCUCUCAUUGAGUCAGCAAUACAACUGAAUAUCACAAACAAGGUGUGGAUAGCAGGAGAUACCUGGUCCUUAAAUGAGAAGCUCCCCAAGGAGAAAGGAAUCCAAAAUAUUGGAACUGUACUUGGGGUGUCUCAGCCAGUAGUGAAAAUACCUGGUUUCAGUGAUUUUAUCCAUUCUACUAAAAGCCAAAGUCAUUGUGGAAAUACAGAACAAAAUAUGUUUUGUAAUCAGGAUUGCAACUGCAGUAGCACGAGUCCAGAAGAUGUCAUUUCUACAGACCCAUCUUUCUCUUUUCCUGUUUAUUCUGCCGUAUAUGCUGUCGCUAAUGCCUUACACAAAGUCUUGCAAUGUGGAGCUGGUAAAUGUAAUGGCAAUACCACCGUGUACCCACACAUGGUCCUAGCAGAGCUGAAGAAGUCAAACUUUAUGCUUUUAAAUCAAAGUAUUCAGUUUGAUGAGAAUGGUGACCCUAAGUUCGGCUCCUAUUCUGUAGUUUUCUGGAACCACAAUGGAGAUAUAGAGGAGGUCGGCUUUUAUAAAUUUUACCCAUCAGCCCAUUUUUUCAUCAACAACACAAAAAUUCAGUGGUACACCAACGGAGAAGUGCCUACUUCACUGUGUUCCCCAGAAUGUCCUGUAGGACAUGCAAAAAAGCAAGAUGGUAUCCACAAAUGCUGCUUCACUUGUGAAAUCUGUCCAAAUGGAACUUACAUCAACAGCACAGAGGAUCCCUACAAAUGCAUCAACUGUAAGGAGACAGAAUGGUCUGCAGAAGGAAGCACAUCAUGCAAUCUGCGGGUGGUGGAGUACAUCCCAUUCACAGACACCGGGGCUAUACUGAUCAUGGUCGGGGCCUGGGUCAUGGUGGGACUCACACUAGCUGUGUCUGUUCUCUUUACCUUCAACUACCACACUCCUGUUGUCAGAUCUGCUGGGGGACCAAUGUGCUUCUUAAUUUUAGGCUGCCUCAGUCUGUGUACUCCAAGUGUGUUCUUUUACUUUGAUAAGCCAUCAGUUUCUCUUUGUAUCUUAAGGUUCUUACCAUUCAUUCUGUUCUACACUGUUUGUCUGGCAUGUUUUGCUGUGCGCUCUUUUCAAAUUGUUUGCAUUUUCAAAAUAGCUGCCAAGUUCCCCAAGCUCCACAGUUGGUGGAUGAAAUAUCACGGACAAUGGCUGGUCAUCACUGGGGCUUUUGUUUCUCAGGCACUCUUACUUCUUAUUGGCUGUUUUUAUGCUCCCCCAAAGCCUUACAAUGAAAUAUUGUGGUACCCAGACAAAAUCAUACUUAGCUGUGACAUCAGUCUGAAAGCAAACACUGCUUCUGUACUUUUACUUGUAUUUUUGUGCUUUCUUUGCUUUAUUUUCUCCUACAUGGGAAAAGACCUCCCAAAAAAUUACAAUGAGGCCAAAGCAAUAACGUUCUGCCUGCUCCUGCUGAUCCUCACCUGGAUCAUCUUUGCCACUAUAUAUAUGCUUUACCGUGGAAAGUACAUCCAAACUCUUAACUCUCUGGCAGUUCUCUCCAGUCUCUACUCCUUCCUGUUGUGGUAUUUCCUCCCAAAAUGCUACAUCAUCAUUUUUCAACCCUACAAAAACACACAGCAGUACUUCCAAGGUCUCAUUCAGAAUUAUACCAGAACAAUUAGCCAGUAGCUGCUCCCAGUAAAUAAGCGUCUCUUUAGACAGAAAAUCUGGGAUGCUUCAGUCCUACUACUAAUGAUUCUACUUAACUUGUAACUUAAAUCUUUGUGAUUUUUUUCCAGGAGUUGGAAGGAAUUAUACUAAAAAAAAAAAAAAAAAAAAAAAAUCUUGUAAUGGGCUGAAAUAAGACACUAUUGUAUUGAUUGUAAUACAAAUUAUGGUAUGUCACUACUGUAGGCUCAUAUUUGACAAAUAUGAGAGCAGCAUUAAUCAUCUCACCUAACACAGCAAUAAGGCAUAUAAGUGCACAGUUGUGAUUGUUUCCUUUCAAAUAAUUAAGGCCAAUAAUUUAGCAAAUAGGUAAAGUUAGAAUUGUAUAACCUUUCAUGUGAAAACUUUCUGGUGUUGUAAAGUAUUAAAUCCUCCUGACUGUAUACAGUAAAAACACUCUCGUUUGGAAAAUAAAUCUGAGCACUCAGUUGUAUCAAAACCUACACUCAGAAAUGUACCUACAUGUGAGAAACAAUUAUUAUACUUGCAUUUUUGUACUUGAUUUACUAAAUCCAAGAGGAUAUGUCUUGUAAUGUUGUUAGCAUAUUAAUUAAAACAUAUCCAACUGUAAGAUUCAAUGUACAAUAUACUUUAA